AUGUCAUAUUUAGAGUCUUGUCAAGGAAAUUACAAAAUGGAAAAUUGGGAUAAUGUAUGUGUUAGAAUCAAUGAUUUAAUGAAUGCUAAAAAAUGGGGAGAUAUGAAUAAGUUUGAAAAGGCUGCCAAUAGAAUGAAAAAAGAAAUCAUUUCAGAAAUGGACAAACAAAUAGGGAACCAAUUAAACCAAUCAAUAAGACAGAUCAUUCAGGAAGAAUCGGCAAAUACUCCAGUUUUAA